AUCCUCUUUGCGCACUCCGUUCCAUUGCGGCGAGGCGAGCGGUGCGACAGGCCGGCCGGCGAAAGAGUGCCAAAGCGAGGUAAAGCAGCCGCAGGAGACCAGACCACGCGUGCAGCGGCCAGGCACCUCAGCCAGCGCGGGUCACCGCCAACCAGCCCAGCAGGAGGACCUUCUGGAGCCUGCGAAGGAGCCGCCAGAGCCGCCUGCUGCAGCCGCCUGCCGCCGCGCGGGGGAUGUGAGGAGCCGGGAACGGCUGGGUGCAGUGCGAAACCUAUUCCGAACGUUCAGAGUGUCGCGACAGGAUGCCGACGUGGUGGUGGCUGCCCUUGCUGGCCCAGCUCGCGCUCUGCUCCGCGGCCGGUAGGAGGCCGGCGUCCACGGCGCGGUCCUCCAGGGCGCCCUCCGGGUCGAGCUCGCUGCACGCCGCCGACCAGGCCAACCACGCCGACCUGCCGCUGGGACCCGUAGGUCUCGCGCUCGGGCCGUCAUCGUCGUCGUCGACCCGGCCCUCCCAGGUCGGCUUCCUCGAGAGCACCAUCCUCGGCCUGCUGCCGUCUGCCGUGCUGACGCGCUACCUGAACAGGCUGUGGAUCGGCGGCGGCACCCUGCACGACCCCCAGACCAUCAUGACCACGGAGGAGCUCAUCAGGCGCGAGGGCUACCCGGUCGAGACCUACCGCGUGCGCACUCAGGACGGCUACAUGCCCAUGCUGAUCCGCAUCCCGCGGGGCCGCGGCGGCGGGGCCCGGCCGCGGGCCGCGGACGACGACGGCGACCUGGACGAGGACGACAAGGGGAGGCGCGCCCCAAAGCCGGCGGGGGACAAGGUUCAGCCCAAGGGACCCGUCCUGAUCACGCACGGGGUCCUGCAGUGCUCCGACAACUGGGUGCUCCGCGGCCGUGACCACGACCUGCUUUAUGCUACAAAGUUUGAACCUGUUUUUGAAAGUGCUAUUUACUGUAUUUUCAAUAAGGGUAUAUAA